GUGUGGAAUCAUGAAAGAACUACGGAAGGAUUUGCAUCCUGCAUGCCGCUGGUAUCUUUCUGCUUGGUUGCCUUUUAGGUCCCGGCGGAAACGUGGAAUGUAAUGGCCAUCGUAAAGGGAGAAUAGGUAUAGUGAUGUCUGAGGUGAAUCGGCGGCCAAGUUAUCCAACAGCCCUAAUAAUCUUUGAUGUUUUGACGGACAGUCCAAAGUGUCAUCCAUCAAAAUAGAACCACUUAUUGAGCUGGUACCCACCGCAAAUCGGAUCUCCAUUUGCAUUUGGGAGCAUGACCUUGAGUUGACCCAGGAAUGACCUCGAUAUGACCUGAGGAAAAAGCCAAUUUCAGCACCGAUGGUUGCACGGAGGAUGCUAGGAUGUCCUUUGGCCAAUCCGAUGUAUUGAUCUAAGGCACCAUCAGUUUAUACAUUUCUUCUUUGGUCAGACGGUCAAAUGCAUACUGCUGGAGAAAUGAGAAAAGCCUGCGCGGACAAUGGAUAGUAAAUUAAAGUAUAUGAUUGAAGAUAAAGAGAUUUCUUAUGACAUCAUUUGAGGAAGAAAAAAGUGAAAGGUGUUUGACCUUGACCUUCCCCUUCUUGUGUCAAGGAUAAAAUGAAGCUGAGAUCCCUAUGUCUGCAAUCGUGGCGUACCAACAUCCUAUUCACCCCUAUAACAUGCAUGGGCAGUAUCCAGAUCUAUUUAUAGAUCCGUCCCGAUACUCGCCCAUCAUGGGGAAGAUACUUCAUGACGAUCCUCACCCCGACCCUCAAACCUCCCUAGACAAUAUGGUCCUGAGCCCCUCCGGCCCGUACAUCCCCGGGGAGGGGGACUACCAGUAUGGUCAGUCAGACAGGAUGGUCACCAGUACCAUAAACGACAAGAAGAAGAAGGGGGCGGGCGUUCCCGGCAAGAGCAUCGAGGAGGAGCUGUGUCGGAUCUGUGGGGACCGGGCCUCGGGAUACCACUACAAUGCUCUCAGUUGCGAAGGUUGUAAAGGGUUUUUCCGUCGCAGUAUUACUCGAGGUGCUUCAUAUAACUGUAAAUAUGGCGGAAACUGCGAGAUGGACAUGUGGAUGCGGCGGAAAUGUCAGUCAUGUCGCCUCAAAAGAUGUCGAGAAGUUGGCAUGAAAGAAGAAUGUCUAUUAUCAGAGGAGCAGUGCAAAGCCAGAGAUGCACGACGGAAGGCCAAACAACGAUAUACUCAAAAUGUACAUGAAGGCAGCUCAGAGAAAAAGCCGGCCUUGAACCCCGAGUGCAGCAACUCAAACUCGGGGGAAGGGAUCGAGACGAAAGCCCAGUCUCCCCCCGAAGUCAAGUUUGCCUCCACCCUGUCCCCAUAUGCUAUCAUUGACUCCCGGCCGAUACAGUCGGUGUGCGAGGACACUCGGAAACUGAUAGAGAAGCUCGUCAAACUCCAGGACAAGUUCGAGUUUCCCGAAGAGUCCAAAGUGAAUAAUGCUAUUGAUAUCGACACGGCAAAAGAAGAAUCAGGGGAACAUGUGCUCAGCAGCCUCUCCAAGAUGACUGUCCUUAUCACACAUCUUAUUGUUGAGUACGCCAAAAGUCUGCCGGGAUUCUCCAAACUCAACAAAGAGGACCAAAUUAUAUUGCUCAAGGCAGCUUCAAGCGAAGUGAUGGCACUGCGAGCCAGCCGUAUGUACGACCCCGCCUCCAGGUCAAUCAUUCUAGCCAAUGGCAUUCCACUGACCAUGGACAAUAUGGUGGCAACUGGCCAAACAAAGGAAUACACCGAGCUGGUCUUCAAACUCUGUCAUGACAUGGCCGACCUUAACUCGGACAAUGCCGAAUAUGCCCUCUUUACGGCCAUUAGUAUAUUUUCAGCUGACAGGGCGGGGUUGACAAAUCGAGACCUGGUGGAACAGAUCCAAAAAGUGUACGUAGACGCUCUCGAGGAGUACGAAAACAAGAAACGGGUAAAAGGAGGGUGUGGGCUGGCCAAGUAUCUGUUACGGCUGAUUGACCUGCGGAACAUUAGUGCAGAACACUCCAAAAUGCUGACAGUUCUCCCCAUUGAUGAGGAAGCGAUGCCUUCUGUUGUCCGGGACAUUUAUAUGCAGAGUGACAAGUGAGCAUUGGUAAUGGACUCAGAAAGAGGAGCAAAACGGGAAAACUUGGGACUGUCUAUGUGAAGACAGAGAGGAGAAAUUUUUAUAGAAAGAAUGAAAUAAAUGAUGGACUUUUAAGUUAAUUUAGUGGCAUUUUUGGUGCAAGACUUGUGGAAAAGAAUUUAUUGAAAAUGAGUUCUUGAGGAGAAGAGGAGAGAGAGAAUUAUUAUGUAAUUAUCAUAUUUAGCAUGUGUGAGGUUUUUUUUUUAAUGAUUUUCAAACAUCUAAUGUUGAAAAAAAAUUGUAUACAUAUAUUAUUAUUGUUUGUGUGUACGUUAAAAGGGGGAAAUUCAGUAUGUUUCAAACUUUCCAAGAGUUGCAUCCCCUAAUCUUUGGAUAUGGUUUUGGAUUGUUGUUAUGGUGAGUUACUAUGGUAACAGCCAUGGUUUCUGUCUGUUAACUUCCAACUUCUGCUCAAUAGCAUUGCAUUUGUGUUCAUAUGGACUUUAGUGACUCGUGUAUGUAUGUAUGUAUACAAUAUUUGUUUUUUUUUUAUCUUUCCAUUUCAUUUUACUUUUCUGUUCGUAGAAAUGAGUUGUUCCAUUGCUAUGUAAAUUUCUAUUUUGAGUCAUAGCACAUGAGAAAAAAGUUGUUUUUAAUUCAGGGACUUGUUGUUUAGUAUUGUACAUACAGAUGCCUUCUCAGGUUAAUUCCUGAAUUUAAGUUAAUUUCAAGUCAAUUUCAGGUCAAUUUCAGGGCAGCGAAAUUAGAUACUGAAGUAAGUAUUAGUAAAAGAAAAAUUAUGUGUGUGAUUUUAUUUAAGUUUUUACCUCCAAAGAUAUCUCAGUUAUACUCAGUUGAAAUUAGAAUAAUUGCAAACAAAUUCAACGUGUAAAUAUGCAAAGAAUUAGUUAAUUUAUUGCAUGCAUGUCCUGUAUGAAUAGCAAAGUCUACAACAUCAAUUUAAAUAAAUGUUUUAACACCUUAAUUCAAAUAUCAAUUGAAAUGAAAAUUUAGCUUAGCUGUACAGUUAGGUUAUCAUCCGUAACAGAACCCAUUGUCACACAUAUUUUGGCACUCUGAUUUUCUUUAACUUCACUGCCCCCUUGUUUUGCAUCAGUUGAUUUGCAGAUCUAGCUAGAACCCAAAAACUUAAAAACUUUCAUGCAAAGAAAUUGAUCUCAAUAUUAAGUUUGAUUUGGCAAAACUUUAUCUUUUUACAGGGGGAAUGAGAAAAGGGUAACUAUGUUGACUGUAUUUUGUUAUACAGAAUCUGGCCUAAAUAAAUGAUUCUAAUUUGGCAGUCGGUAAAAAAGUUGCAUUUGCAAACUGCCUUUACCCCUUAACUACCCCAUCCCCACCCGUCAUCCGCCAGGAAUUCGGAUGGGCCAUCUUGUUGUUUAAAACGUUUUUUUCAUUCCCUUGGAUGUGUUGCCAUUUUACCUCGUGUGUCACGUGACUCUUUUUUCCUUUUGCCGAGCCUUGUCUAACAUAUCUGUUACUUUUCUUACCUUAAGGGUGUUAAAACAUCAAAACAUGCAUUCAAUAGUUCAUAAUUCAUUACAGUAUCUUUUAAACAUAAAAAGGGAAUAGUAAACUAAACGCAAUGGUUACUAUAUUUAUGAAUUAUCUUCAGCUUUAAUUUGGUUAUCUAGUAAAAAGGGAGGGGGCUGGAAAAAAGGACUUGUCUGUAAUCAUUUUGUAUGGACUUCAAAAUGUUCGUAUUUUUUGUUUCCAAAGAAUGGCAAUGGAGGAGCCCGUGUUAAUUAAUGAAGUAUUUGUUUAAUAUCCGCUGAAUUAAAAAUCUUGGCAAAAACGCAAUAUGAAAUCAAGUUCUUUGGAAGAUGCAGGUUGUUAUAAAAUUGUCCGUUAAUUUCAUAAACAGCGCAAAAUCUGAAACUUUACACCCGUUGACAAAACUAUCAAGCUAAAUGUUCGACAUUCAAGUAGUCUUAAAAAAUUGAAAAUUUCUAGUGCUGUAAUUGUAGAACGACUGCGUUAAUAAAUAAUGCAACUGUAUUUAUAAGUAACGGUUUUUAGUUCAUUUGUUUUCUUUACUCUUUCCAUGUAAGCUUCUAGUUACAGGAUGAAGUAAACGUGGAAAAUGCAUACACUAAAUUUUAAACAGGAAAAUAUCCCGCAUCUUUCUUUUAUUUUUUUUAUCCGUUAUCAUGUGCAUAUUUUUCCUGUUGGUAAAAAAAAAUUGUUUUAUGUUAUGUGUUAUUCUGUAAAUUUGUUCAAUUUUAAGUAUUUCGAUAUACAUUGAAAAAAUUAAAAAUACUUGUGGACAUGGCAUUCAUUGAAUAAUUGUGAAGCGAUACUUAGAAAUUGUGAAGCCCUAGACAGACAUUUAGGUGUUGUUGCAAAUUGCUAUUACGAACAAGCAAAAGAUAAUGCCAGCUAAGGAAUUAUUCCUGUUUAAGCAAUGACUUGAAUUCAUUAUACACCCGCAAACGAAGUUUUAAGGAUAAACCGGAAUCACUUUUGUGCUAGAAACAUAUCUGAAGUGAACCAAUUAAUGUUUGAAAACCCUUCUUCAACAGUUUAAAUUGAAUAGCAGACUUAACUUAAUCAAAUUUCUCUUUCAGGUUACUAUUUUUGCGCCUCGAUAUGACUCAGGUCUAUCUUAAGGUCUCAGGUUAUUUACAAACACUAGAUGGCUAAUGGAAUUACCUCUGUAGUAAAAGAUAUACUUUUUUGUAUUCUUUCAUCGUUUCAGAAAUCGCUCUACCUCACUGUCUGUAACAUGAUCAUUUUAUAAUGGGUAUUUUAGAACAAGAGAUGAUAUUAUAAUAGUACUUGUAGCCAAACAUUAUUUUUAGAUUUAUGUCCUUGAAGGUCCUCAAUUGAAUAAAUUCUUGUAAAUAUA